CUAUGUGGAGGGGGCUCUCCCAGCCUUCGUGGAGUUCCAGAUCUGGAGGAAGGUGUCCUCCACUGGCUCAACGUACAUAAAGAUAGUGGACCGCAUCAAUGUGGUAGUAGUAACAGCAGUGGUGUGUAUGAGUACCAACUGGACAUCCCACUAGCAUUCCAGGAAGGAGACAUCUUUGGUUACUUCCAGCCUAUAUUAAAUCGCACUGAGCUUCAAUUGUACCUGGAGAACUCCAACAGAAUUACUACCUACCAACAAAGUGUGUGUGUAGACUGUUUGUUUCCAUCACCUGUUGGGAGCAAUUUCUCCCUGGCCAGUGCCCUCACUGGUACUAGCUACCCAGUCAUUGCAGUGACCACAGUUCCAUCAGACUGUGGAUGUGGGUUCAUGUCAGUAAAGAGAGUGCGUUCUUUGUUGUCUAGUACUGGCAGGGGUUAUUCAGAUGAUAUUUUCAGACGUCGAUCUAGUGUUCUCUUUCCGAGUCUAAACUUCACAUGCAGAGUAAAUAUUUCAAAAUGGACAGUUGCAGCACAAUAUUAUCAUAGAGAUGAUCCAGAUGAUGGGUAUAUUGGACUACACCUGUGGAGAAAGUUGGGAAAUUUGAGUAGUACUCUCUACAAGAAAGUCAACAACACUGUGACAGUGAUGUCUGUGUUAUCAAGGACGAAAAGGGAAGAUAUUUACGAGUUUACUCCGACUACUACUGUGGUUGCUGAGCCAAGAGACAUUGUGGGUCUCUUUAUUAGUUACUCGUUUAGGCCUUUGUAUGAGAAGAAUAAUGACAUACUAUUUUAUUGGAGCAGAGAAACCCAAGAUGAGUAUUUUGACAUACUUGAUAGCGUAAGGGGAUACGGCAGUCCACUGAUCACUAUUGAAGCCUCUCCGGUGAGGCUUACUUCUCCUUCAAUAUCACCUCGUACAAAACAAGCAACAGAAGAAAUCAUCAUUCACAGCCUCACACCAUCCUCCACACCAGAGAGCAAACAGUCUAUGGCUAGUAACUACGGAACAUCUCUCAUUGCUGGUUCAGCCGCCAGUGUCCUUGUCCUUGCAAUUGCCAUCAUAGUACUUAUCACUGUAUGUGUUUGUUGGAGGAAAAGUCACCUGACCAAAAAAACAAGAGCGCUGCCAGAAGGUACCGAAGAUAACAUGGAGACAGAACAUGAUUACAUUCAGAAAGACAACAUGUAUGCAUAUGCUGCUCAACCAACUCUGUGCAGUGCAACUGAACAAAAUGUAGCCUACAAUGCUCACUCCUUUGACGACACUACUGAACUCGGGAAAAACGAUGUCAGUUCAAAGAAAGACUGUGAUGGAUGUGCGUAUGAAGAAAACUAUGACAAUGUAGUGCCAGUGAGAGGAGGAGAAUAUGAACCAGUGGCACAAACACAG